AUGGAACAUCAACAUCAUCAUCACGAUGCAAGUGUUCCAUUUCGUACUGUUCAAGCUGAUGCAAAACAUCGAACUAUUCAAAUCAAGAAAGAUACAUUUCAACGGAUGAACAGUUUUCAUGGAAAACUUAGUCGUCGUCGUCAACGUUCUAAGAAAGCAAAGCAAACAAUUGGCGUGUCUCCAGAAGUGAUACUCAAUGUAAAUGAUCAUUCUUUGGCUGCGAUUGGACAUAAGGAUCUUUCUCGAGAGUUUAUUUAUUAUGCAACAUAA